AUGACAGGAGAGUGAGCGGCCGGCACCAAUCAGCGCUCCGGGCCCCCCUGUAACUAGUCAUAUGCUCAGCCCGUGUUAUCGCUGCUAGGCGUGCUCGACGGGUUGCGAUAUCAAUACUGUAGAUCCGAAAAUCGUCAGAGGGCUGUCGUUCUGUGGAUUUUCUUUAUAUAUUUAUUCAUUUAAGCUGUUGGGUUUUUUUUCCCCCCUUCUCCUUCCCGUUCAGCCUCUUCUUUCUGCAGAGUAUCUGGGGAUUUGCGCACUGGGCACAAUGGUGUGCGGCGGGUUCACCUGUUCGAAAAACUCCCUCUGCGCCCUCAACAUUCUCUAUGUUAUGGUGAGCUUGCUGAUGAUUGGGGUCGCAGCCUGGGGGAAAUGGUUCGGCCUGGUUUCCAGUUUCCAGGUGGUCGGAGGGGUGAUAGGAGUCGGGAUCUUCCUCUUUUUCGUGGCUCUGGUGGGGUUGAUCGGUGCCAUGAAGCAUCAUCAGGUCCUGCUGUUUUUCUAUAUGAUUAUUCUCUUCAUGGUGUUUGUUGUUCAGUUUUCGGUUUCCUGUGCUUGCCUUGCACUAAAUAAGGAACAGCAGGAUCACCUCUUAGAAGCAGGCUGGAACAAUUCUCAAACCACACAGGGGGAUAUUGAGAAAAGUCUGAACUGCUGUGGGUUUUCAACCGUUGACUACAGUCAGCCUUGUGAUGCUACUUGUUAUCAUAACAAUUCCUGCGUAUCCUGUGCGUCUAAAAUCCAGGAGCAUGCAGGGGAGGUGUUGAGGUUUGUUGGAGGUAUCGGGCUGUUCUUCAGUUUCACGGAGAUUUUGGGAGUGUGGCUAACAUAUAGGUACAGGAAUCAGAAAGACCCACGAGCAAAUCCCAGUGCUUUUCUGUGAUAAGAAAGCAAUAAAAUACCUUGUUAAAAAAAUGCACUAUAUUAAUUGAAGACAUGUUAACAUUUUUCCUGUCUUGGAAUGAUCUUUGUAAAUGGAAGAGGCUAUUCUUUCCACUGGAUGUGUUAUCUGUAACAUCGUCAUUGGAAAUGACAGAGAUGUGUAUUAAUAAUAUAAGAACACUCCAAUAUGUCUGUGAACACACUGCUGUCUAGGAUUUUAGUACCUUGCUGUGUUCUCUGGAAAUGUUUUCCUGGUUCACUUCUUUGAUCAUUUUAAACCAAGUAUUGCUGAAGAAAACAGGGGGAAGUGUAGAAUAGUGUUUCAAAAUUAUUUCUGAAGAAUUGUAUUUUCAAUUGGUCAUCUUGAUCUACAGAUUUAUUACAUAUGUUUAAUUUUAUUAGAAACUGGUGUUGUGAUUUUUGUUCGUAGACUUCUUGUAUAAUAUGGAACUUGUUGGCAAAUAUGUUGGGAAUUUACACAUUUCAGGUAAUCAUUUUCAUCUUGAUAUUUAGCUACUGUAGUGCAGAAUGUGACACUAAUGGAGGCAGACUACAUGAUUUGCAUGCUAGAUUCAAAGACUUGUCAGUGCAGAGAAUAUUUAUUACUAAUUACGUGCAAUAACUGAUGGGAAACUGCUGUUCCAAGUUUGUGAAGUGAAGCUCUAAACUGAAAAAAAACUUUGAAGUAUUACAAAGACAACAUGUUUCUAGCUGAUGCUGAACUUAUUCAAUGUCUGCUAUUUAUAAAUUGUUUUCUCACAUAUAUAUAUUUAAAUGACAAAAUAUGAAGUAAAUGCCAUUCUUAAUUUAUACCAUGAAUACAGAUGUAUUUUAGUGUCUUUAAUGCUUACUCUGUUUCUCAUUAGUUUGGGCCACAGUCAGUACUGUGAAAAUAAAUGUGACAGAGUUAAAAAGUUUUAUCAUAUUUACUUUCUGCAUAGUAACUCCCCUUUCAGCUUUUCUAAAAAAAAAAACAAAACAAUGUCAGAUUUAUUAAAUUAAGAUACAUCUCUUUGUUUAAUCUUUAAUUGUAAGGUAGCACCCUUUGUAGACUUGACACAAUUUUUACUACUGAGUUUUGAUCUAUGACUACUGCAUAUGACAUUUUGCCUGUGACCGAAUGUGUGCUUGACCUGUUCUUGCAUGAACUGCUGACGUGUGUGCUGUUAGAUUAGAAGGGUCUGUGAAUUCAGCCUGUGUAACUGAGCAUUUGUACCAAUAAAAAAAUAAUUUGAUAUAUUGA